AAUAUUGAUCAAUAUUGGGAAUGAGGAAUACGAUAGCAGUAGUAGUACAAUCAAUCACUCCUAAACUAGCAAGCAAGUUUAGGAGUAGCAUUCAAAUCCUAAUCCACUCCGAUCUCUGUGUUUAUUCGGGCCAAUGGCCAAGUGUUGGGAGAGAUUUUGGUUGGGGGCAAUAAACGUUUAUUAAAGUACAAAGAGAAACAUUUGCCAAUCGGAGCACCAACGUUUCUCGACCGCUUAUCUAUCGCAUCCUUAUCCUUUUCAGCUCCCCGUUUGAAUUCCCUUACGCAAGCAUCCCCACUUUGUCUUCUUCUGUCAGCUCUCCUGCAAAAACCCAUAAUAAUUCCUCUUCUUCAUUCCUCUCUCUCUCUCAUCUCAUCUUCCCCCACAAUCUUCCAAUGAAACCUAGCUAGGGUUUAUCUUUCCUCCUGGUUCUUUCUUUUAAACCCUCGAGUCAUCGAUUUGCUUAUUGGCUGUGCCUUUGUUCAAUUGAAUCGAGGGUUUUGCUUUCUUUUUGCAUUCAUUUAUUGUUUCCUAGUGCUCCAUAUGGCUUUGGUUUCGGCUUUAUUUGAGAUCUUGCAAAGACCCUCGAUUGCCGAUGUGUUGAUGGAGCUCAUGCUGUUCUUGACACCUCUUUGGAUUGCGGUUUUUGUUGGUGUUCUGGUUGGAUGGUCUUGGAGGCCUAAAUGGGCCAAUAUUAACAGGGGCUGUGUGGGAGAUUCUCCACCAUCGCCCGCUUCCUCUUCUGGCCAGCCCUUGCCAACGCCUUUUGGUUCGAUUCCGAGCUUGAAUUCAUUAAAACUGCAAUUGCCCACCUGCAUUUCUUGGAUUGCUGACCGUACCUUUACCAAGGAAACAACAUCUGCAUCUUCAAACUCGAAUUCUGACUGCAGUUUAUCGCAGCUAGAAAGAGAAAAAUCGGGUCUAGUGACGGAAGGUGACUUGGUACAUUUAUGCCGACUUGUCGAGGAAAAUGAUGCAGGCCCUGCUUGGAUUCAGAUGAUGGACCGGUCUACACCGAAUAUGAGCUAUAAAGCUUGGCGGAGGGAUCCUGAGACUGGGCCUCCACAAUAUCGUAGCAGAACUGUCUACGAGGAUGCCACCCCUGAAAUGCUGAGAGACUUCUUUUGGGAUGAUGAGUUUCGAUUGAAGUGGGAUGACAUGCUUAUACAUGCUGAAAUCUUGGAGAAGUGCCCCACCACAGGAAACAUGGUUGUCCGCUGGGUGCGCAAGUUUCCCUUGUUCUGUAGCGACAGGGAAUACAUUAUAGGCCGUCGAAUAUGGGAAUCAGGACAAACGUACUAUUGUGUUACUAAGGGUGUACCCUGCUCCUAUGUGCCGCAGUGCAACAAACCAAGACGUGUAGAUUUGUAUUACUCAAGUUGGUGUAUUCGUGCAGUUGAAUCAAAGAGAGGCGAUGGCCAACUGACUGCAUGUGAGGUGUUACUCUUUCAUCAUGAAGAUAUGGGCUUUUCUUGGGAAAUUGCAAAGCUUGGUGUCCGGCAGGGUAUGUGGGGAGCUGUCAAGAAGAUCGACGCGGGUUUACGUGCAUACCAGAGGGAGAGAGCAUCCGGAGCUCCACUCUCACAAUGUGCUUCCAUGGCUCAGAUCAAGACCAAAGUUAGUGCAGAUUACCUGAGAUCAUUGGAGGGCACAAAAACUAGUACAUCAGAGGUUGAAACCCUGGAUUCAUCUGAGAAGCCACUGGGGAGGAACAUACCCAAGUUUCUAGUCGUUGGGGGGGCUAUUGCCCUUGUUUGUAGUCUUGACCAGGGGCUUUUGACUAAGGCAGUAAUAUUUGGAGUUGCCAGAAGGCUUGCAAAGAUUGGAAAGAGCUUGUGAUGCUGGAUGCUUUGGCAUCUUACUUGAAGAUGCUGGCCAAAGAAACCUGCUCUGCUCUCGCAGCGAGGCAGAAGCAUCUCGAGGCUAGAACUGGAAUUCUUGCUUCUCUCAGUGUCAGGGAUAGCAGGUUGCAUUCCUUUUCUUUUGGUUUGAGCUGUGAGGCAGCUACUGGUCAGGAAGAGAGAAUAGAUGGUGUAGAACUGUAUUCUUUGACAAUCGAAAUCUCAUUGAUGGAUCUCAUACUCUCCACAAAUAAAUGACAGGCAUAUUCGAUUUCUCCGUGACAUUCUGGUUGUUGGUUUAUUUUUCAUUUCGUUUACCAAUUUGUUGAUGCGGUUGUGCUCUGAUGCAAAUUUCAUA